UCUGUCCCGGGAUGAGUUCAGCACCUGUGGCUGUGUGAGUGAAGCUCUUCUCUGCUUUACACAAACACAGUUCCUUGUACAAACCGCAUCCAAAUUCUCUGAACAUGGAUAUAGGAGAAGCGGAGGACGAAAUCCAGUUUCUGCGAACUAGGGAUGAGUUAGUGUUGAGGUGCUGCUCAUCAGGCCCUCAUCAGCAGAAAUUGUGUUUAGCUGCAGAAGGUUUUGGUGAGCGCCUCUGUUUUCUCGAGUCCACCUCCAACUCAAAGAAUGUUCCAGCAGAUCUGUGUGUGUGUGUGUUUGUUCUGGACCAGUGUCUGUCUGUCCGAGCGCUGCAGGAGAUGCUAGCCAAUCGUGAAGAUCUUUGUACAGCGUCACAUGAGGCGGCUGGUCGUCGUACUCUGCUUUAUGGUCAGGCUGUGCUGUUUCGGCAUGCCUAUAGUGACAUGUAUCUUUGCUGUCUGUCUACAUCAGGGCUCUCCUCUGACAAACUGGCUUUCGAUGUCGGUUUGCAGGAGGACACCAAAGGUGAGGUGUGCUGGUGGACGGUUCACCCUGCUUCCAAACAGAGGUCAGAGGGUGAGAAAGUGCGAGUGGGUGAUGACCUCAUCUUAGUUAGUGUUUCCUCAGAGAGAUACCUACAUGUGUCGUGGACUAACGGUGAAGGGAAUGACAGUGGUGUUGGCCGAGUGGAUGCAGCCUUCCAGCAGACGCUGUGGAGUGUGGCCCCUGUUUCCUCUGGGACUGUGAAAACACAGGGUCAUGUGAGAGGAGGUGACACUGUUCGUUUGCUACAUGGACACACAGAUGAGUGUUUGACCAUCCGUGCAGCCAAACACAAACCAGACCAGCACAGGUCUGUGCAUUUUGAAGGAGGCUUGGUCUCUCUUCAGGCUCGAUCUUUAUGGAGGCUUGAGACAUUACAUGUUGUAUGGAGCGGUAGUCAUAUUCACUGGGGUCAACCGUUUCGUCUGCGUCACCUCACAACUGGAUCAUUCCUGGGACUGAUCCACGAUCAGGGACUACAGCUGGUGGAAAGAGACAGAGCUGAUGUUAAAUGUACAGCUUUCGCCUUUCGAGCCUCAAAGGAGGAGAUCGCUGAGAGCUCAGAUUAUGUUAAGAGGAGAGAUGGCAUGGGCGCACCUGAGAUUAAAUAUGGCGACUCUCUCUGCUUCAUUCAGCAUGUGGGCACAGGGCUUUGGCUCACAUAUCAGACCACUGACUCUAAGAGACAGAAGGAAAGCGUGUCGCAGAGACAGGCUGUUCUUCAAGCAGAAGGUCACAUGGAUGAUGGCAUCACUCUGUCCCGCUCUCAGAGGGAGGAGUCACAAGCUGCGUGUCUCAUUCGAAGCUCAGUCCUUCUCUUCUCACAAUUCAUUAGCAGACUAGAUGAUGUCACCCAGAAAGAAAACAUCACCAAUUUCAAUCUUCCGAUUGAGAUGAUCCGUCUAACCCUCCAAGAUUUGCUUGGUUAUUUUCAUUGUCCUGAAAAGGGGCAAGACCACAAGAUCAGGCAGGGAGACAUUGGAGCGCUGAAGAACAGACAAAAUCUCUUUCAAGAUGAGGGUAUAAUCCUUCUAGUGCUGGACUGCAUUGACCACCUGCAUGUGUACAACAGUGCAGCUCAUUUUGCUGAGGCUGUUGGAAAAGAGGCAGGAGAGUGUUGGGAAGGGGUCUUGAAUGCUUUUUAUGAGCUGUUAGCUGCUCUUAUCCGGGGUAAUCGGAAUAAUUGUGCCCAGUUUUCUGGCUCUUUGGACUGGCUGGUCAGCAGGCUGGAGAGGCUAGAGGCUUCCUCUGGAAUAUUGGAAGUGUUACACUGCGUGUUGGUAGAAAGUCCUGAAGCUUUGAAUGUUAUUAAGGAAAGUCACAUAAGAACUAUCAUCUCGCUUCUGGACAAACAUGGAAGAAACCAUAAGAUAUUAGACGUGUUGUGUUCACUCUGUGUGUGUCAUGGGAUGGCUGUCCGCUCUAAUCAGCAUUUGAUUUGUGACACACUGCUGCCUGAAAGAGACCUGCUGCUGCAGACAAGACUGAUUAACCAAGUUUCCAGUGUACGUCCAAACAUCUUUCUGUGUACAAGAGAUGACAGCGCCCAGUACAAAAAGUGGUAUUAUGAGGUUGUAGUUGAGAAAGCGGAGCCGUUUGUGACAGCAGAGCCUACUCAUCUGCGAGUGGGAUGGGCCAGCACUGAAGGGUACCGUCCUUCACCCACUGGGGGUCACGACUGGGGAUCUAACGGUGUUGGAGAUGACCUCUGCUCUUAUGGCUUUGAUGGACUCCAGCUUUGGACAGGAGGUGUAGGUCGCCGAGUUAGCUCACCCAAUCAGCACUUGCUAAGGGAAGAUGAUGUCAUUAGUUGUUGCCUUGACCUCAGUGCAACCUGCAUCUCCUUCCGGGUCAAUGGACAGCCAGUUCAAGGCAUGCUAGAGAACUUCUGCGUGGAUGGACUGCUGUUUCCAGUGGUCAGCUUCUCAGCUGGAGUGCAGGUGCGCAUGCUGUUUGGAGGUCGACAGGGGGAGUUCAGGUUUCUUCCUCCUGCUGGAUUCUCUCCAUGUGCUGAAGCUCUUCUCCCCAAAACACGCUGCAAGCUGGAGCUGUGUCACGAACUCACUCGUAAUCACACUGAAACCCAGCGUGACCUCUUAGGCCCUGUGGUACCUAUUAACCCAGUGACCUUCACACCCGUUCCUGUGGAUUCCAGCCAGGUUGAAUAUCCUCCACAGCUGGAGCAGAUCAGAGAACGAUUAGCUGAAAAUCUUCAUGAGCUCUGGCUUAUUGACAAAAUAGAGCAGGGCUGGACCUACGGACCUGUUAAAGAUGAAGGUAAAAAAGUACAUUCAUGCCUAGUUGAGUUCUCCAAACUCCCAGAUCAAGAGCGAAUCCACAGCCUUCAGUCAUCUGAGGACAUUCUGAGAACUCUUCUGGCUUUUGGGGUUCAUAUUGGACUCUCUGAUGAACAUGCCGAAGAGAAUGUCAAAUAUGUUCGCCUUUCAAAUAAGUAUGAGCUAUGGAAUGGAUAUAAACCAGCCCCUGUGGAUCAGUCCCGGGUUGUGCUAACAGAUGCUCAGGGAGAGCUGGUGGAAUAUCUGGCUGAAAAUGAACACAACAUCUGGGCCAGAGAGCGCAUCAGGCAGGGCUGGAGCUAUGGCCCACAGCAGGAUGUAAAGUUUAAGAGAAGUACCCAACUAGUGCCAUUUUAUCUGCUGGAUGAGAGGUACAAACAGGCUGGUAGAGAUGCCAUGAGAGAUGCACUGGGCACCCUUCUUGGGUUUGGAUACACUGUGGAACCGCUGGAGAAAGAGCAUGCUUCAAGUAGUAGUGUCAAGUCUGUGGGUGCAGAGAGAUUUCGUAUUUUCCGUCUGGAGCAGCUCUUUGCGGUGCAUUCUGGUAAAUGGUACUUUGAGUUUGAGGCUGUAACUGAUGGAGAGAUGAGAGUAGGCUGGGCUCGACCUGGAUGUAAACCUGAUGUGGAUCUCGGGUCAGAUGAUCAGGCCUUCGUGUUUGAUGGCUCCAAGGGGCAGUGGUGGCAUGGUGGGGCAGAGCGAUUGGGUGGCUGCUGGAAGAGAGGGGAUGUUAUUGGAUGUUUGCUGGAUCUGACAACUGACACUAUGAUGAUCACUCUUAAUGGAGAGCUACUGCUAAACAGUCAUGGUUCUGAAUUUGCUGUGAAAGACUUAAUUAAAUCUGAUGGUUUUCUGCCUGUUUGUAGUAUAGGUAUUAAUCAGGUGGGUCGUCUGAAUUUGGGUUGCCAGAUUGAGUCACUGAAAUUUUUCAAUGUUUGUGGCCUACAAGAGGGAUAUCAGCCUUUUGGUCUGAACAUGAGUAAAGAUCUACCACUGUGGAUGAGCUGGAGAGCGCCUUUGUUCAUUCCUAUACAAGAUAACCAUCCUAACAUACAGGUGCUCCGCGUUGAUGGAACCGUCAACAACACCCCAUGUCUAAAAGUAACUAAGAGGGUUUUUGGACAUGAAGAAAGAGGCUCAGGCAGCGUUGGAUUUUACCGUCUCAGUAUGCCGAUAGAGUGUGCGCAGGUUUUCUGCGGUCCUGGUGACGCUUCUGUGCCUACCAGCAGUGCUGCGAUCUGUCAUCUCAGAGAUCCAGAGGACGGUGAAGUCGAUUCUGACUUUGAGCUGCUAAUGAAAGCUCACAGAUAUGCAGGAUCCAGAGAUGAACUCAAUAAUCACAAAGACCACAGUCAGGAGAAGCCAUCCAGACUCAAACAGAGGUUUAUGCUGAAGAAGAAACAGGAGUUAAACACCAGCCACUCAUCAGCACGUCUUCUGGAGGAAGUUCUAGCUAUUGAGAAAAAUGAAGAAAACCGCCUUGUUCGUUGCACUACGUAUUAUUACUCUGUGAGAAUCCCCUUCAGUCAGGAGCCCUCUUGUGUUUGGGUGGGCUGGGUGACCUCUAAAUUCAGCCACCAUGAUGUGAGCUUUGACCUAGACAGCAUUUGCACCGUUACAGUCACUCUUGGGGAUGAAUGGGGCAAAGUUCAUGAGAGUGUGAAGCGGAGCAGCUGUUACAUGGUUUGUGCAGCAGAGGGCAGUAGUUUAUCCCACAGUCGCAGCAGCAAUGGACUGGAGAUUGGAUGUCUGGUCGACACAGCCACAGGCCUUCUGACAUUUACUGCAAACGGCAAGGAGAUCACAACAUACUACCAGGUGGAACCAGGCACCAAGCUUUUCCCUGCGGUAUUUGCUAAAGCCACCAGUUCUAAUGUCUUCCAGUUUGAGCUCGGCUGUAUCAAGAAUGUGAUGCCAUUAUCAGCGGGAGUUUUUCGGAGUGAGAGAAGAAAUGCGAAUCCUCAGUGUCCUCCUAGACUGUGUGUUCAGCACCUAACACAUACACGGUGGACUCGAGUACCAGAUCACACACAGUCUGUGGAAAUGAGCCGUCUGGAGGAGAGAUAUGGCUGGAGAGCUCAAUGUUCUCACAUCCAGCAGAUCAUGACGCUGUACAUUCCUGAAGAGAGCAGGUGUGUGGACAUUCUGGAACUCUCCGAAUCACAUGAUCUCCUCAAAUUCCAUAACCACACCCUCCUCCUUUACUCUGCCCUCUCAGCUCAUGGAAACACACACGUAAGCCACGCCCUCUGCAGCCACGUGGACCAGUCACAGCUCUUAUUUGCCUUGCAGUGCUCCAGAAUGCCAGGCCACCUGCGAACCAGCUAUUACAACCUCCUCAUCAACAUCCACCUAGACGCCCACGCCAGUGCCAGGCAGACCAUGAAUCAUGAAUACAUUGUGCCAAUGACAAACACACAAUCCAUAACCCUCUACAAAAGCAAUGAAAAGGUGGAGAGGUUUCCAGGGAGUGACCGCAGCACUUCGUUAUGGCCCAAAAUGCACUUCACAUCACCUUGCUUCAUCAGGUCUAAUAAUAAAAUUGAUCUGGUGGAUGGAGACGAAGGCAGGGUUUUGUGGAGUAGUUUGCGCCAGGACAGUCCAGAGAUCCCAUUGGAUGUUUUGAAGGCUGUUGUGAUUGCAAUGCUAAAGGAAGCAGUGAUGGUGGUGGGACAGGGUGUGAGGGAUCCCACAGGGGGAAGUGUUGAGCUCCUGCUGGUUCCUCUGCUGAACUUGAUUCACACUCUCCUUCUAAUGGGUGUGUAUCAGGGGGCCGAUCUGGAGGCUGUGUUUAGUCUCAUCCUGCCGAGCGAGUACAUGAGAGCAACACAGAGAACAGAAGAGACAGAUGAGCUUGGAGAAAGAGAUGGAGGUGCAGAGGAAAAAGAGAAAGGAGAUUGGAAAUAUGAUGUGCUUCUUCAGAUGAAGCUGCCAGAAGCUGUCAAGUUACAGGUUUGCCAACUUUUGAAGUACUUGUGUGACUGCCAAGUUCGUCACAGAGUCGAAGCGGUGAUAUCAUUCUCCGGUGACUUUGUAGGUCAUCUUCAAGAGGACCAGCGCUUCCGCUACAAUGAAGUUGUGGAUGCGCUCAACAUGUCCGCUGCUCUCACUGCUCGCAAAACCAAAGAGUUUCGUUCCCCACCUCAAGAACAGAUAAACAUGAUGCUGAGCUUUCGCGAGGACUGUCUGGAAUGUCCUUGCCCAGAGGACAUCCAAGAUCUGAUGUGGGAAUUCCAUCAGGAUCUAAUGAGCCACUGUGGAAUUGAGAUAGAGAGUGGUUCAGAGAAUGAGAAUGAGGAUGACCUGUCAAUCAGGAAUCAUCUCCACGGCCUAGUGGAUAAAAUAAUGCAUUUAAAGAGGAGAAUGUCAGGCCUGCCUGAGGAGAUAGCGAGCAAACCUGUGUCUCUGCAGCAGCUGAUAUCAGAAACCAUGCUGCACUGGGCUCAGGAGGAGACGAUUGAAGACCCAGAUUUGGUGCGCGCUGUUUUCAGUCUGCUGCAUCAACAGUAUGCCGGUCUGCAUGGCCAGAUGUCUGCGCCGCUACAGAAGGCUUACUGUAUCAGCCAGACAUCUGUGGAAGACACUCUUCACCUUCAGUGGGCUCUAGCAUGCAUCCGUUCAUUGCUCAAGGCCAGGAUGGGCAAAGAAGAAGAGGAAUGCAUGAUCAGAGGACUGGGUGACAUCAUGAACAAUAAAGUUUUCUAUCAGCAUCCUAAUUUAAUGAGAGCUCUGGGGAUGCACGAGACUGUCAUGGAGGUGAUGGUGAACGUCCUUGAUGCUAGAGAAUCCAAGGAAAUCAUAUUCCCUAAGAUGGUUGCGCACUGCUGUCGUUUCUUGUGUUAUUUCUGUCGAAUCAGUCGCCAGAACCAGAAGGCCAUGUUUGAUCAUCUCAGCUACCUGCUGGACAAUGGCAAUGUUGGACUUGCAUCUCCCUCCAUGCGAGGAUCAACUCCUCUGGAUGUGGCGGCUGCUUCAGUCAUGGACAACAACGAGCUGGCGCUUUCUCUUACAGAGGCGGACCUGGAGAAAGUCGUGCAGUAUUUGGGAGGCUGUGGUUUGCGUAGUUGUGCUCUGCUGGUUUCUAAAGGGUAUCCAGAUAUUGGCUGGAAUCCUGUAGAGGGAGAACGCUACCUGGACUUCCUGCGAUUUGCAGUAUUUUGCAAUGGUGAGAGCGUUGAGGAAAACGCUUACGUGGUGGUUAGGCUUCUGAUUCGCCGACCCGAGUGCUUUGGCCCUGCCCUUCGAGGGGAGGGGGCAAAUGGUCUCCUAGCAACCAUGGAGGAAGCCAUCAGGAUAUCCAACCAGCAAGAUGGAACCACUGCACACAGUUCCAGCAGGACACUUGACACACUCGAUGAAGAUGAUCAUGACGUCAUCCACAUGGGACAUGCCAUAAUGACCUUCUACUCUGCUCUGAUUGAUCUGUUGGGUCGCUGCGCCCCUGAGACGCAUCUCAUAGAAGCAGGGAAAGGUGAGGCCAUUCGAAUCAGGGCCAUCUUGAGGUCUCUUGUUCCCAGAGAGGAUCUGGAAGGAAUCAUCAAUAUUCCAUUCAGUUUACCUGUUGUGAACUCAGAUGGUCUAGUGGUCGAACCGGACAUGUCUCGGAUGUUUUGUCCGGAUCACAAAGCAGCCAUGGUGCUGUUUUUGGACCGGGUUUAUGGAGUUCAGGAUCAGCAGUUCGUGCUGCGUCUACUGAAGUUUGGUUUCCUGACGGAUCUGAAAGCUGCUGUUAACAUGGAUACUACAGGGUUAGGUGGAACAGACAUGGCACUGGCCAUCAAUCGAUACCUAUGUGUGGCCGUUCUGCCGCUGCUGAGUAAAUACUCGUCUCUGCUUUGUGACUCCUCAUCUUCACGGAGCGGGCCGGUGGACGAGCUGCUGCAGGGUGUCUAUAGCCUCUCUAAAGCCAGCGGACUCACCAAGGCCCAGAGAGAAGCCAUACAGGACUGUCUGCUGGCAGUGUGCGGAAAGCUAAAGCCCUCCAUGGUGCAGCCUCUGUUGCGUAAUCUUGUGUUUGACGUCCCGCAGCUUCCAGAAAACUCCAAAAUGCCACUUAAGCUGUUGACCAAUCAUUAUGAGCAAAGCAGGAAGUACUACUGUCGGAGUUAUGGAUUUGGUGACUUUGGCUCCGCCUCAGAGGAAGAACUUUGUCUGACCAGGAGGCUGUUUUGGGGGAUAUUCAGUGCUCUUGCCAAAAAAUCUUAUGACGCAGACCUGUUCAAACUGGCUCUCGGGUGUCUCAGUGCAGUUGCUGGAGCAAUUCCUCCUGACCACCUUGACCUGAGCUGCACCGGCGGAAGAGAGAGACACUCAGUGAUGGAUUCAGAGAGAGGCUUUUGUCCUCAACCCCUGGACACCUUAAAUGUGACAAUUCCAGAAAGUCUGGAGUUUGUGGUGAACAAAUAUGCUGAACAUACACACGAGAAAUGGUCAAUGGAAAAGUUUGGUAAUGGUUGGGUUCAUGGAGAACAGCUUUCAGAGAGCUCUAAAGUUCAUCCACUCUUAAAACCUUACAGAGCUUUGUCUGAAAAGGAUAAAGAAUGUUAUCGAGGGGUCAUUAAAGAGACGGUGAAAUGCAUGCUGGUCUUAGGCUGGACCAUUAAGAGGACUAACGAGGGGGAGUCACACGGCAUUCACAACCCAGCUAGGAGGAUCUCACAGUCUGGCAAGCUGUCUUUUGAAGGAGCCUCCACGUUCAGUCCAAAGCCUGUGGACACCAGCAGCGUCACUCUUACCUGGGAUCAGUAUGCUAUGGCGGAGCGGCUGGCUGAGAAUUAUCAUCACAUCUGGGCAGCCAGGAAACUGCAGGAGCUGGAGAGUAAAGGAGGGGGCAGUCAUCCUCUGCUCGUCCCGUAUGAUGCUCUGAGUGUUAAAGACAAGAGUCGAGUCCGAGACAAAGCUCAGGAUGUUCUCAAGUUCUUCCACGUCAAUGGCUACUCAGUGAAGAGGAACAGAGAGGUGGCAGAUGCUGAUUCCCCAGCGAUCGCCAGCCGCUUCGCUUACGGCCUGAUCCAGCAAGCCCUCCGUCUCACUGAACGAGCCCAGGAGAGCGUAAUAGAGCUGGCCCGAGGGCAGAUUAACAAGGCUGAAAGAGUCCCUCACGAACAACAAAUUCACUUCUUCAUUAAGGUUUUAUUGCCACUGCUAGAUCAAUACUUCAAAAAUCACCACCUUUACUUCAUGUCCACUACAAUGUCUUCCCUUAGAGAUGGCUGUCAGUCCACCAGUAAAGAAAAAGAGAUGGUUACUAGUUUAUUCUGUAAACUCGGAAGUCUAGCCAGGCGCAGAAUCUCUAUCUUUGGAAAUGAUGCCCUUGCUUUGGUGAACUGCCUACAAAUCUUGGCACAGUCCCUGGAUGGAAGGAUGCUAAUGAAAACCACCAGUGAAUCUGUCAGAGGGUCAAUAGGGUCAUUUUUUGAAGCUGCAGCAGAGGAUCUGGAGUUAAUGGUGGAAAACGUGACUUUGGACGGCCUGAACCGAGCCCAGAAAAGGGGCGACCCUGAGCUCAUAGCAUACACCACCACUGCCCUGAUUCCGGUACUCAGCGCCAUCUUCCAGCACGACUCCCAGAGGCAGAGCGGAGCUGGACUGAUCCUGGAUGAAGUGCAGUCCUGUUGUUACAGAAUCCUCAGCAGUCUAUACAUCCUUGGCACCUGCAGCGGCUCCUUUAUCGAGAGGCAGAGGUCGGUCUUGGGGGAGUGUCUGGCCGCAUUAUCUGCAGCCUUUCCCGUGUGUUUCUUGGAGCUGAGUGACCUUCAUUCUCACUUUGACACUUUGAGUAAUGAAGGUAUAGAAGAGAAAGCCUGUAAGCUCCUCCCCAAUUUGCAUGAGGCUUUCUUAGAGGUGGAGGAGCUGGCAGGGGCGGGGUCUUCGGCUCGCCAUGCUCUUUUAUUGAGGGUCACAGAGGUCACACUUCCGCUACUGUGCAGUUAUGUCUCUCGAUGGGGUGAAGUUGAUAACCAGGCAUCCCAGGAGGGCCACUGUUCCUCUGUCACACCCCAACACGCUAAUGCACUGCUGGGUUACAUCCUCUCUAUCAUCCACGCUCACCUGGGGACUUCAGACAGUGCUUGGAUGAAACGCCUUGCAGUAUUUGGCCAGCCCAUCAUCAACAAGGCAGAGCCACACCUCCUGAAAAGACACUUCCUGCCUCUGAUGGAAAAGUUAAGGAAGAGGGCGGAGUCAGUGCUGCUGGAGGAGGAGCACUUGAAGAUGGAGGGGCGUGGCGAUGUCUCAGAGCAGGAGUUAGACAUCCAGGAGAGGUUUACUGUGUUGGUUCAAGACAUCUAUGCGUUUUACCCUUUGCUCAUUCCUUUUAUUGACCUCCACAGAAUGAGUUGGCUGAGAGAGGUAAAUGCAGAUGCUGAGAAGCUUUUCUCCCUUGUGGCUGAAGUGUUCAUUUUCUGGGCUAAAUCUCAUAAUUUCAAAUGGGAAGAACAGAACUUUGUGGUUCAAAAUGAAAUCAACAACAUGGCAUUCCUGGUGAACAGCAGCAAAAGCAGAAUGAACAAGGGAGGAGUGUUCUGCCAGGAGAGGAGGAAGGUGAAGAGGAAAGCCGAUCGUUACUCCACACACACCUCUCUCAUUGUGGCUGCCCCCAAAAAACUCCUUUCUGUAGCCAUGAAUGGAUGUUGCCAUGGCGAUCAGGGCCUGGUCAGCCAUGCCAAAAGUCGUUUUGCUCAGAGGGACACAGAAGAUGAGGUCCGGGCAUACAUUCACAGCAUCCUACAACAGGAUCUGUGUGGAAACUCAGUAGAUCCCCUCAGAGUUGAGAGGAUCUUGAGCAUCGCUCGUGUUCUUUUCCACCUCGAUCAGGUGGAGCACCCUCAGAAGAUGAAGAGGCCAGUGUGGUAUAAGAUGUUGUCUAAGCAGAGGAAACGCGCUGUAGUUGCCUGCUUAAGAAUGGCUCCUUUGUACAAUCUCCCCAGGCACCGAGCGGUGAACCUCUUCCUGCAGGGUUAUGAGCGAGUCUGGCUGAAGGCUGAGAAUGACUCACCUGAGGACAGGCUAAUUGAAGAUCUGGCUAAAGCAGCUCAUGUAGAGAUCCUGAAGGAGGGAGCAGAGCAGAGAAACCGCAUUGAUCCACUUCAUCAGCUUAUCAAUCUCUUCAGUCAAUGUGCCUUGACUCAGAGAAGUAAACUUGAGGAGGAUGGUCUGUACAUGUGCUAUGCAGAAAUUAUGGCCAAGAGCUGCCAAAGUGAGGAAGAGCAGGAUGAAGAUGGCCUGAAAUCAUUUGAGGAAAAAGAGAUGGAAAAACAGAGGCUGCUGUAUCAGCAGGCUAGACUUCAUGAUCGUGGAGCUGCAGAGAUGAUCUUACAGAAGCUCAGCGCGAGCAGAGGUGAUAUGGGGCCUAUGGUAGCAGCCACAUUGAAGCUGGGCAUUGCAAUCCUGAAUGGAGGAAACACGUCAGUCCAGCAGAAAAUGCUGGGUUACCUGCGGCGGAAGAAAGACGUGGGCUUCUUUCACAGUCUGGCUGGCCUAAUGCAGUCUUGCAGUGUGCUGGAUUUGAACGCGUUUGAGAGGCAGAUCAAAGCUGAGAGUUUAGGAGUGGGUGCGGAGGACAAUUCAGGUGAUAAAGUAAUGGCAGAUGAACAGCUGACCUGUGAUCUUUUCCGAUUCCUCCAGCUUCUAUGUGAAGGCCAUAAUUCUGAUUUCCAGAAUUACCUGAGGACUCAAACUGGAAAUAACACAACGGUCAACAUCAUCAUCUCCACUGUGGAUUAUCUGCUCAGGGUCCAGGAGUCCAUCAGCGAUUUCUACUGGUAUUAUUCAGGGAAGGAUGUGAUUGAUGAGCGUGGUCAGCACAACUUCUCCAAAGCCAUCACCGUGGCCAAGCAGGUGUUCAACACGCUCACCGAAUACAUUCAGGGUCCGUGCACAGGGAACCAGCAGAGUUUGGCUCAUAGUCGUCUAUGGGAUGCUGUAGUCGGUUUUCUUCAUGUGUUUGCCCAUAUGCAGAUGAAGCUUUCUCGGGAUUCCAGCCAAAUAGAGCUGCUGAAGGCUUUGAUGGACUUACAGAAAGACAUGGUGGUAAUGCUGCUUUCCAUGCUUGAAGGUGAGAGAAACCUUUCUGCUAGUGACAAAUGUGUCAAUUACACGCUAAUUUAAUAUACUAAUAUCAGUAUGUAGUGUCCCGGCUGUUCAAUAUAGGGCACAGUUUGCAUGAAUAACUGGAAGUUUGAAAGCUUUCAUGCUGACCUGAGUGUGCACUGGAGG